AUGCAAAAUAUACCAAAAUUUGUAGAUGAAUCAAUCGAAUGGAACAAACAUUUAAAUUCAAACAAAAGGGAUUGCAUCGAUGGAGAAUAUACUGUUAUCAAUGACACUGUUAUUGCAACUAAAAACUAUAAACAUGUCAGAUGUAAUACUUUGGCUCCGAAAUGUGGAGUGAAAACAAAGAAAUUAUGGAGAAAGGGUCCUGGAGACCCUAUGGAAAUAAAGAUAGUUAGCAUUCGAUGUUUUCCGGCAUACGAAUGGGAAGAAGAAGAUUCAAAACUGAGAUAUACGGAAUCCAUUGUGUCAUUUCGAAACAUCGAUGAGAUUAUUAAAAGUGUCGGAAAUAUGCAUUUAGUCAAAUAUAUUUUACGGAACGCACCGAAUGAGACCAUCGAUAGAUACUCACAUGAAAUUAUCUGGGUUGAGAAUCCUCCUGUAGACCUAUUCGAUAGAAAUAAUGGAGAUGAGGGUGGAUCUGAUGCUUGGACACAGUACUUCAGCAAGGGAAAAAUCACUCCGAUCAUGCUUCUCUAUACUCUUUUCAUUUGUAUUUCUGUGAUUAUCAGACUAAUUUGGCUGGUUUCUGUUGCAUGGAAAAGUAUGAAACAAGGAUAUGAACCUGUGAAAAAGGAGAAGAGCAAGAUGGAGGAAACUGUUGAGGACUUGGAUUGA